GCCUCGAUCACAGUUGGUCAGUGUAUAUUAAGUAAAUUUGAGCGGGAGUACCUCAAACGCAAUUUGUUCAUUUGAUUCGCUCCACACGGUCAGCUCCGAAGAUCCAAAAUGCCGAAAUUGGUAAAAUACUUUUGUUUGUUGGUGACAUGUUUUACCGCGAGUUGUUACUACCACCAAGAAAAUAUACCCCGCUAUUUAACCGCCGCGUUAGGGGAUCAUAUCGUCUUCGAUUGUGAGAUUGAUUUUCCCCAGGGUUACGCUAUUCCCUACAAGUUAUAUUGGAAAAAAGGGGAUGAAGAGAUAUGUACAUGGUAUGACGGCCUGAUGACGAAAUCCGAUUCGUAUUAUGGCAGAAUAACACUUCUAGACAAGGAACAACUGCGACAGUCCGGACAUGCCAACCGACACUACGGCAGAGCAUCCAUAAAUCUAACUUCCAUCAGAGAAAGCGAUGCCGGAUGGUACGAAUGUAAAGUCAUGUUUCCCACCAGGACUCCACCAUACAGAAACAAUGGGACAUGGUUUCACCUCACCGUAAGUGGUGGAAACCUACUCGCUAUCCCUCCGAUCAACCACACGGUUCUGGAGGGGGAGGAAGUGAAAUUUCGAUGCGUUACCAAAGAUUACGCAGUUAAAGUCAGAUGGUUAAGGGACGGUAUACCUCUGACCGCUUACCAGGACUUAUCGCAAAGAUCGACCGUGGAGAAGGAUGGUACUCUGACCAUACACCCGACGGAUAUGGGCGACUAUGGUGAAUAUGAAUGCGAAGGCAGCAAUAUUGAAGGUGAAACCCAAACAGCGCGGGCUUUUUUAAAUGUUCAGUAUAAAGCUAAAGUGAUUUACGCCCCACCAGAAAUCCACUUGCCUUACGGUAAACCGGCGAUCAUCGACUGUCACUUCAGGGCAAACCCUCCGCUAACCAAUCUCAGAUGGGAGAAAGACGGUUUCCUUUUCGAUCCGUACAACAUCCAGGGCGUUUUUUACAGAAGAAAUGGCAGUUUGUAUUUUAACAAAGUGGACGACACGCAUAGCGGCAGUUACACGUGUACCCCUUACAAUGAUUUGGGAACCCAAGGGUCGUCACCACCGAUGCACGUUUUCGUACAAAAGGCUCCCGUUUUUACACGUAUUCCGCACAAUUUGUACCUGAAAAAACUAGGCGAAACCGUAGAGCUUCCGUGUGACGCCAAAGACGGGGAUAAUGGCCACAAGCCGAUGAUUGUUUGGUACAAGAAAGAAUCUUCACUGCCGGUGGGACGAUACACGAUUAAAGAUGGAAACCUGACGAUAACCGACGUGGAGCAAGAAGAUAGAGGCAUCUACCAAUGUUCUGCUACAAACAAGGCCGCCACCGUUACCACCGAGACCGAACUCCUUGUAGAGAAUAUACCGUCCAGCGCGCCUUACAAUUUGACAGCUAUCUCUUCUCCUACCUCCGUGCAUCUAACAUGGCUUUCGCGGCGACAUAGAAAUGUCGAAUUCAGUAUUUGGUAUAAGAAGAUCGAAACCACUGAGUGGCGUACCCAUCAGGUGCCAUCUUCCAGAUCUUUGGAGGCUACCAUCACCAAUCUAGAACCGGGAAAGGAGUACGAAUUCAUGGUUCUGUGUAAAGAUGACACCGGAGAUGGCCCCUUCAGCAAAUCGAUAAGAGUAUGGACGAAGAAUAUAGAGCAGGAGACCAACUUGUAUAAAGGUACAGCUCCGAUCGGUUAUCCUACCAAUAUACAGAGCAAACCAACCGACGACGGUCUAUUUGUUAUGUGGGAUCCGCCCAUAUUCGGCUUGGAAGUACUUAAGACCUACAUCGUUAGGUGGAGCCAAGGAUCUGACGACUACAUAUUCGGUGCUGCUGAAACACCCGACACAUCUUAUCUAAUAAGGAAUUUGGAAGAAGGUUCCGAGUACGACAUUCAAGUAGUAGCUUUAUCUUUCGAUGAUCAGCAGGCGAUCAGCGAAAAAAUUAGAGUUUUGUAUCCCGGAUUUAAGAGCGUCAAAGCUAUAUCCACCGGCAUUAUAGUUGGCGUGGUAUUUCUGGGCGCUUUGUUUCUGACCAUCUACGUAAUCAAUAAAAAAAGGUGCAAAUCGUAUCCACAAGAUGUUAAAAAGUAGGGUGCUUUAUGACUGAUAGGUUUAUGGUUUUUUAUUUUGCUAUUAUACAUGUAAAAUUUUUGUUGUGUUAUCACUUCAAUCGUGCGGAGUCCUUAAUUUAUUAGACUUUUGGGCAAUAUAUUUGCUGUAUUCUGUAAAUAUUAACUUUUAGUCUUCAACGUUUGAUAAUUUAUUGCAUUUAAAUUUGCUUAUUCGAUGUUUUUUAAUGUGAUUUAAUAAAGUCCAAUUU